AAUAAAACUUGCUUAACAUUCAGGUGACACCCCUCUCAUUUUGUAAUGGUACGGUCCAGCCCAGACUGAGGGUCAGUCGGCGGGAGCUCAGCAUCAGCUGCGGCGACUAGCUAGCCGACCGCCGCGGAAAGGCUUUCCCUUUUCCUCCGUUUUCUCCCCCUCCCUCUCCAAACAAAAAAUUAUUUCAAUAAUCAUAAUGAUGCCCUACUCUCCCGCGUCUCUGAAUACUUCCAUCCCGUGUUCCGUGACGUCGUAGGUCCAUUUCCCGCUCGACGUGGCGUUCAAGUGACUCCGAAGUUCCAACACGCCUUGCUUGAAGGGAUGAGCGGACCGCUGGGCAGCGAGGAGCCGGUGCUUGGAUGAACGAGACGACGACGACGGGCAGCGAAGGCGUCGCCGCCGCCGCCGCCGAAAUGGAGCAAAAUACCGGAGCGGUGGACGCCCGUCCCCGCGAGGUGCCGAACGGGAGUGUGAGGCCCGAUCCGGAAGGGGCGAGCGGUCCCCGGAAACCCAGCGACGGAACGGCGUCGCCGGCCAAGAAAGCGAGCGCCCCGACCAAAAGGGAGGCCAUCCCGCCAACGGCCGGCUCGCCGGCGUCUCCCGCCCCGCGGCCCGGCAGAGAUACGAUGACGUCGGAGGAGAGGAGGCAAAUGGCCAAGGAGCGGCGAGAGGAAAAAGCCAAAUAUCUGGAAGAGCUCAGCCAGCUUCAAGCGGCGAAGAAGAGCCAGUGGCUGGAGAAGGAGGAGAGGGCGCGGCAGCUGCGGGAGCAGCAGCUGGAGGAGCGGCGCAGGAGGCUGGAGGAACAACGCGUCCUGGCGGAGAAACGCCGCGCCGCCCUGGAGGAGCGCCAGAAGCAGAAGCUGGAGAAGAACAAGGAACGCUACGAGGCGGCCAUCCGUCGCUCCGCCAAGAAAACGUGGGCCGAAAUCCGCCACCAGAGGUGCUCAUGGGCCGGCAACCACAACGCCAACCGGAAGGAGAGCAGAUGCUCCCUCUCCGCCGUCAACCUGCCCAAACACGUGGACUCGGUCAUAAACAAGCGACUGUCCAAGUCCUCGGCCACGCUGUGGAACUCCCCCAGCAGAAACCGUCGUGUCGCCCUGAGGCCGUGGGAGAGCAGCGUCGUGGACCGCCUGAUGACGCCCACCUUGUCUUUCCUGGCUCGGAGCCGCAGCGCCGCCAGCGUGCUCGCCAACGGCAAAGAUGGACAGUUGCCGCUGUGCCCCCGCUCGUCCUCCGCCAGCCCGUUGACGCUGUGCGCCCACCAGCCCCACCGCCACCCCCACUGCGCCGAACGCUGGAGGGCGACGUCCAGCACGCCCGACAUCGCCCAGCGCCAGCACAGACGGAGCUCCACACCGAUGGACCGUAGCAAAAAGGAGAAGAAAGACAAGGAGCGGGAGAACGAGAAAGAGAAAAAUGCCCUGACGAAGGAGAGGUUCCUCAAGAAGAGGCAAUCGCUUCCCAGCAUGAGACGCAGAGCUGACCUGAGUCCGCUAUCGAGAGCGCGGCCGUCGUCGCCCUCCACGCCCAAGGACAGGACGGCCUCGCCGAGUCCCGCCGCCUCCCCGAAGCCUCCCACCGCGCGCGGCGGCGGCGGCGGCGGCCCGUCGACCCCUCAGGGACGGCCCGGGAGGGCGAGGACCCCCGCCAGGUUGGACCGCCGCACUCCCUCCCCCGUCCGGCUGGGGAAAGUGAGGCCGCAUCGCACACCGGCCGCCCCCGAAAACAGCAGUCGGCGUUCUCCUGCCGCUCCUGCUCUCAGAAGCUCGUUGGCGUCGACUCGCAACAUCUCGGCCUUGACGGACGCGCCCUCGGCGCCGUCGCCCAAGCCUACGGCCGGCACCAACGACCCCGAGGAGGCGGCCCGCAUCCUGGCCGAGAAACGCCGGCAGGCUCGCGAGCGGCGGGAGCGAGAGGAGGAGGAGCGCCGCGAGCAGGAUGAGAAGGAGGAGGCUCGGGAGAGGGCCGAGGCUGACAACAAUCACCUGCAAAAGCAGAAAGGCGAAGCCGAGGCGAAAGCUCGCGAGGAGGCGGAGGAGAAGCAGCGUCUGGAGAGGGAGAAGCACUUCCAGAAGGAGGAGCAAGAGAGGCUGGAGAGGAAAAAGCGCCUGGAGGAGAUCAUGAAGAGGACGCGCAAAUCGGACGCUAGCGACAAGGAGAAAAAAUCAGCGCUGCCGCAGCUGCAUCCGCUCGGCGAGAAAGAGGUGGAGAGCGGCAAAGAUGAUGGUGUUGCAGAUUGUCAGAUUGUCAACGUGCAAAACAACAACAACAACAAGAUGGAACACGGACACUGCAGACAAAGCCCCGCGGGCCGGACUCAGCUCAACGGGGUCCAGCCGGCCGGACGCGAGCGUAACGGCCACUUGGUGGAAAGCAUCGUCAUCGCCGCCGCCGACGGCUCGCGGGGACGACCCGAGGGCGGCGGGGACGCCGGCGACAUCUUGGAUUUCGACAGUGGCGACGACUACGUGAAGAAAGCGGCGGCGGCGCCGCUGAAGACGCAACACGUCGCAGAAGUGCUGUGACGCGGCGGUCGCGGCGCCCUGCCGACAGCCGUCAGUGUCCGGCCCCUUUCACACACCCCGGGGGGAAAAAUUGCAACGAAACAAAACACACACACACAAAAAAAAAGCAGAGCUGUUCUUUUUCCGCCUUUGGAGGUGAAGCGGCGACGAUGCCUGUUGCUGCUGCUGCUGCGUUACGCAAGGAAAGGGGUGUGAAGAGCCCCACCCUGCGCCUUCUCUUGUUCUGAUUGGGUGAAUCGAGGAAGGGGGAAGCAACGUCGGCGAGGAAACAUUUCAUGGGAAGGAUUCGAUGCAAACAUUGUGCGUUGGCACAGCUUUGACAAAAAAAGUGCGAAUCCAUAUGCACCCCCCGUUUAUUCCUCCUGCAGUAUUUAAAAGCGAAAGGAUGUUUUUGUCGGUCUGAAAUCAUGACAUGACAAAUGUGCAUGACUCAAGUGUUUGCUCAUUUGCUUCGGGACUGAUCUGACGAUGCGCGCGCAUGUGUCAACGUACUCGAAAUCGAUUUUGACGUGCGCUGUCAGCUCCGCGAGGAGUCGUUUCAACGAGUCUUUAAUUAAAGGCGCGACUUGUUAGAGUCUC